AUGUCCAACAGAAACGGCGUCUGUCUUCUAUCCCGGGGUGAAGACGGUGCCUGUCAAUUGUGGACCGUCGAGCUGCAUGCAGGGACUCCGCCAGAGAUACCCCUAACGGCCCGUCUGAGGGCAGAGUCAAGUGAUCGACACCAUUCUGGGAAGAAUGCAUGGUCCAUGACCCACGUUAAUGAUGGUCAAGAUUUGCUCGUCCAGACUGGCGGCGCUGAUGGGCAGAUCAUCUCCAGAAGAUUUGAUGUCUCGCGUGGGAGCAUGGCCUCGUCUGCCACCUUCUCGACGCCUUUCAAGGACAUUACGGGUUCCUCGAUGUCAUUGAAGCAUUACUUGUUCUUGCACUCGGGUGCGUGCUUGGCUGCUACGGAUCGAGGCGACUUAUUCCGAUUGACUGCUAGCCAUGACAAGUUGAAUUGGAUCAGCUUAAUACCGAAUCCUGGAAGUGGCGGCCUUGUGCUCUGCUCCGCUGAAAGCCUGCAGCUCGUUCUCGUCGCAUAUCAGAGAGGUGGACUGUCGGCGUUACUCACCAACAACGACUCUUUAGUCCCUGUCGAAUGCGACCUCGAAGGUGCAAUUUCUUGGAUGCGGCUUGCCUCUCCACAUGCCACAGAACUGCCAUCGUCUACAGUUUGUGUUGUUGCCUCGUUGGCGAAUCGGAAGACAGUCAUCCUCUGGGUGAGCAUCAAAGACGGUUCAGUCCAGGUGAGCCAAACAUCUUUGAAAACACCGGAAACCUUCACUGUCACGUCUUGUUGCUACGACAGCUCUAGCCAGGUGUUGGCUCUUGGUUCCCGUGCUGGAGCUCUUGCAAUCUAUCGCCAUGUGACAUCUGAAUCAGAAACAUCUGGAGAGCCAUCGUCCCUUCGCCAUGCCCACGGCACGGAUAGUGUUGCUUCCGUCACUAUUCUGCGAGAAGAUGCGCAACCUUCCAGGGAGACAAUCCAUGUUCUGACGACAGGACGUGACGGAAUAUACGCAAUCCAUCGUGUCAAUUGGCCACAGUCCGCAGACACGCAAGAAGCCACCGUGACGGCUGUCCACAGGUCUGCUCUCCCGUUCGGGCCCAACAUUGAGGGGGCUUUCUUUACGUCGGGCCAAGAAUCAUCACAUGUGACAGAGCCAGAUUUGAUUCUCUACGGCUUCCGCUCGACGUCAUUUGUUGUUUGGAAUGAAACACAGCAAUCUGAAGUGUUAUCUGUCGAGUGCGGUGGGCCUCAUCGCAGCUGGGCGUUUCGAGACUGUUCCAAGUUUCGUGAUGGAGGUGGGAAAUCAUUUGUCUGGACUAAAGCCCGCACAUUGAACUGGCACUCAUCCCAGGGAUCCAACCACGAAUUGAUCCAAAAGGGAGGGCAAGGGCGUGAGAUCAAGGCUGUGGCUCGCAGUCCUGUGUCGUACGAUCGCCUCAAACAGGAACACCGCGCCCAAGUUCUCAUAGCCACAGGAGCUGAAGACACCAACAUUCAGCUCUUUGCUAUACCUCGUACCGCGAAAGCUACAUGCCGACCUCGACCAUCUGGGGAAUCCGUACCAGACACCUCUGCGUUUCGCGCCGUGUCGACUCUGAAGCGACACAAUACGGGCAUCCAACAUCUCCAAUUCUCACCGUCGGGUAGAUACAUCUUUAGCAGUGCUGGAUGCGAAGAAUUCUUUGCGUGGAAAGUCACCUUUGACGUGCCCGGCAUUGAAACCGGAGUGGUACUAUGGGACAUGAUGCCGACUCGGGAAGAAGACUCGGAUGCGCGGAUCAUGAGCUUUGAUUUGCAGUGUAGCAACUCUGAAGACGAGAACGCAAGUGAGGAAUACACGAUCGUGAUGGCGUACUCGAACGGAAAGGCAAAGGUGGUACGCUAUACACCUGGAUCCAGCAGGAGUAACGAGAUGUUUGAGACGCUGCGAGAAAUCAGCUACGGUUCCUUCUGUGUGAUGCAGGCUUUCUUCCUUUCGCCGAGCUUCAUCCCAGCUUCGACCUUUGGAUCUGACGAGCUUCGAGUGGGAGCGUUGUCGGCGGGCACCAACGGGAUCCUAAACCUCAGCCUUCUGAAUCCCCGCUCUCCGUCUAAUCGGUCGACUGUUUCGCCCGAUACAGCGCUUGAAUCGCCGAUGGAAGUCCACAAGGUGCAUCAGAGCAGCGUCCUUGCCAUGGACAUGAUACGCCUCAGUCCCACAACCUACCUCGUCGCGACCGGCGGCGAUGACAACGCACUAGGCCUGACACUGCUUACUGCUUUACCUUCAUCUACGAUCGCGCCCGCAUUAGAGACCAACACCGAAAGACAAGCACCCUCCUACCACUUCCGGACGCUGCUCAUUCCUGCCGCCCACGCCGCAGCCCUCACGACGUUGAAAGCCACGAACCUCAGACGCACACAAACGGGCUAUUCGGUUGUCGUGGUGACCGUGGGGAACGACCAGCGCGUCAACGUCUGGGAUGUCCAUGUCGACUCUGGUAGGGACGGUGAGCCUGUCAUUCCCCACGUCGGGCAAGAUGAGCUCUUCGAGGCCGUCCAGGUGAGACUCGUCGGAGCUGGAUGGACGGCAGUUGCGGACGUCAGUGAUUUGGACAUUAUCGAGGACGAGCCCGGGACUAUGGAAAAUGAUGUAGGGCACGGUGAGAAGGGUGGGGCCGAGAGAGGAUGGAGUAUCCUGGUGGUGGGUGUUGGGAUGGAGCUUCUGAGGGUGGUCGCUCGAUGA